AUGGCAGCCAUGGCAUCGCAGCACCCGGCGUCGAUCCCGCACAACUCUGACACUGACACUGUCUCUGUUUCGUCCGAGCUCGACACCACGUAUCGCCAACACACCCUGUCCAGCCUGCCUCCUCCUCGUGCUCCUGCCGCUGCCGCUGCCGCCGCCUCCAUUCAGCUCGACGACGAGCUAGACUCCCUCGUCGACGACCAAUUUCAUCACCGCUUCCCAGACUACCACGACCACGCCUCCCACUCCCAGACGCACCACGACGCCCGCUACUCUACCAACGCCUCCUCCCUCUCUGGCACGCCGGACAACCGUCGUUCUCGCUUCAAGUCCAUCGAGAGCAACGCCAGUGCUGCCACUAGCCUCUACUCGUCUCGCUCCUCGCACCCUCCGAGAACCUCGUCGCUCUCCCAGUCCUCCUCCUCUGUCCCUCCGCUCUUUGCGUCCACCGCUCGCGCGAGUGCCAGUCCCAUAAAGAGGAAACCGUUGUCUACCACGGCUUCAUCCCUGGCCACGGCGUUUCAGAGAUCCUCUACCGCCUCCUCAACCGCCGCCAGCUCCGUCGCCACCCCCGUCGUACCUCCGCUGCCUCACGGGGCUGCUAAUGCGACUGCGACUGCCACCACCACUCCUGUAACCGCCCACUCGCUCGAGUCUCACGACAGCUCCCAAGAAACAACUCGCCCUCCUACGGCAGUCUCGUCAAACCUCAUCGACCUGCCAGAACCUGAUACGCGCUUUGCACGACCACACUCUGUCGACAGUCCCACUCUCUACCACUUUCCUCCCGCGACAUCAAUCGAACGCUUACCCGCAUUCCAGCCCUUGGAAGACCAUAGCCAACACGCCGGGCGCCAAUCCUCCACCUCAGAGUCGCGCAGCAUUCCCCAAGAAGAAGCUCUGCCAGCCCACUCUGUCGCAGCCUCUACCGACGACGACCUCUCCGACGUUCUCUCCAUCUACGAAGGCGUCGCGUCAGAGUCUACCCCGGAUGCUUCCUCCCCCGCCACCCACACCAAUCCCCUAACACGACACGACUCUUACAACAACCUUGACCGGAAGCGUUCCGACUCUGCAACCACCGAUUCAUCGACGCUCAUGUUUGCGCCAAAACCGACGCCUCCCCACCUGAGAUUAGAAACUGUGGAUAGGUCACCUUCUGUCGACUCCAAUCACAACUCAGAUCACGAACCUUCACAUCCCGACUCUCCCUCUCCGGCCCCGAAACUUAACAAACCGUUACCAAAGUCUCCAGGUGGACAGAUCUCUCCAUUCUCAGGCCUCUUCAACUGGGGCAACGGCACCAAUAACCCGGCCGGCGCCGACUACUCACCAAUUCCAUCGCCAGAGACCCCUACUCGUCGUGGGCUCUUAGAUGAUCCCGCUCGUCAGCCGCCGACCAGUUCGCUACCCAGAGACCCAAAGACUAAUGCCGCCGUCGCCAACCCACUCGGCUAUUGCGAAACACAACUAUCUACUCCGCCGCCUCUCGCCGCGUCCUCGUAUACUCAUCUAGAAGAGAUGGAGGACGAGCUCAAGGCCAUCAGCUCUGAGCUGGCGGCCUCGAUCCGUCGAGAGAUUGAUCUCGAGGACCUGGUCGACCGUCUGCAAGACCAGGCCAACAAUGCCCAGGUAGCCGGCAAGCGCACCAGCGACUACUUUUCCGACUCGGGCUACAGCUCUGCCAAGCUCAGCGACUAUGACCAAUCUCGCGAAGAGAUUGAAAAGAUCCAGCGUCGAUCCGAACAGGAAAAGGCAUCGGUACGACUGGAGCUGACAAACAAACUCCAAGAUGAGCGCCAAAAGAUCAAGUCGCUUGACCAGCAGGUCAAAGAGCUCGCCGAGAGAGCCUCGCGGAUUGACCUGGCUGAGAUUAACAACAUGGACGCCAGCGGCCGCAUGAAAGAGCUCGAAAAUACCUGCGAAGACCUUAGAAGGAAGCUUGCCGAAGAACGCUCCUCCAGAACCAACUUUGAGGACUUGCUUACCGCUCUCAAAGGCGAGCUCAGCAGCGCCUGCAGUGAGCGCGAUAACCUGCGCGAUGAAGUCGUUCCUCAGCUGCGUGCGCGUGUCGAGGGCCUCGAGGCCGAAGCCGCUAGCUACGCCAGCUUAACAUAUGAAUCUACAAAGAUGCAGCACCAGCUGCAAUCCCUGCAAAAGGAGAACUCUUCUCUCCGUGAUUCCGCUGCCGGCCUGGAGGACAUUGCCUCCCGUGGGGGACUGGCCAGAUCAGACUCCUUCUUCCGCAACCAAAGACAGCCUGUCUCACGGAGUGACAGCGUUGCCAAUAAGAAUGCCCCCGCCGAAUCCCGCGAGGCUCUCGCCGAGCGCCUCAAGGACGUCGAAGCCCAGCGUGAUGCCCUGCACAACGCUCUCAAGAAUCUGCUGGAGCGCCAAGAAUUCCAGAACCGCGAAAAUCAAAAGAAGAUUAAGAUUCUUGAAAGCGAGCGCCAGCGUCUACUCUCCGAGUCGCCGCAAAAGGCCGGCUUCGAGAAGGACAUUUCCAACCUCCGCACAGAAGUCAAUGUUCUGCGCCGCCGCGCCGAAGAGGCUAUGGAGCAGAAGUGGCAGGUGGAAAAAGGCCUUGGCGGCCUGAAGAUGGACCUCGAUAGGGCCGAGGAAGAAGUCACCUCCCUGCGCAGUAUGCUUAAGGAGCAGGACAUUCUCACCGCCCGCACUACUAGUUCUUCUGCUGGCGCCAUAGUCACCUCUGAAGAGCUUGAGAACGCCUACAAGGCGCUGCAGACUCAGUACAACGAGUCCCUUGAGCGCAUUAGGAAGCUCGAGAACGGUUUGGCUGGUGACGAAAAGACCAAGCAGGCUCUUCAACGCCUUGAGAGCUCCCUCAACGCUGCCCUGUCCGAGCGCGACAUUGCUCGCGGCGACGCCAGCGGCCUCCAGAGCCAGUAUGAACAGCUGGCCAGCUCCUCGGCCCAGAAUAUGGACUCGGAGCGCGCCCUUGCCGACGAACUCGUCGAGUCUGUCGUCCGCGUUGAGCAGCUUGCCUCGCAGGUCCGCUCGCAGCUUGCAACCAACUUCGAGCUGCGCCAGCGUCUGAGCGACGCCGUCACCCGCAGCGAGGCGGACCGCAAGGUCAACUCUGACCGUAUUGCCGGUCUGCAGGAGCGCCUUCAUGCCUUGGAAGACCAGCUGGUUGCCGCCCAGACCUCGUCCGACGAGCGCGUUGCUCACCAUGAGGAGGAAGUCAACAAGCUCAGAGAUGCCCACAACGAGCAACUCCGCCGUCUGCACGAGGGCGGCAGCGUCGGUAUCGUGGGCCCCCGCAAGGGCUCGCUGCUUAACCCAGCCAACAGCAUGUUUAACCGUGCUGCUAACGCACUCCCUCCCAAGAACCUCGAGGAAGAGGUUGAGAUUCAGAAGCUUCGUGCUCGCGUGACCGAGCUGGAGAAGGCCCUUGCGGAUGCCGACACUGAGAUGCAGGAAGUCAUCAAUAAGAUGAGCACUGCGCAGAUUGAAGUCAUGAACCUCCAAGAGGAGCGCGAAACUGCCGUACGGGAGACCAGACGUCUUCAAGGCAUGCUGCAACAGGAGCAGACUAGUCCGUUUGCUGGCCGCCUGAGAGCUCUCGCUGUUGGUGCGUAA